GAAAAAGCCAAAUGCAAACUCAAGUUUUUUAUUUUUUUAUAAAAAAGUGUAUUUUAAUUGUAUUAGAUAUUUGUCUUACUUUUUAUUAUAUAUAUAUAUACACACUAUUUCCUCAACAAUUCCAUUUCAUUUCUUAUAUUAUGUUAUAGAAGUAAAUCUUUGAUCUCACAAUGAGAGAAGCUUCGAGAUUCACAACGUUCUUCUGCAUGCUGUUAAUUAUUGGGGCGGUAGUUUCUAUCCCUUUGACUCUGAACAGCCAAGGGUUGGAACUUCAAAAGAUGAGGGAAUUAUUGAAAUGGAAUGGUGAAGAAAGAGCCAUGGAUCCAUGCUUGCACAUUGGCCAACAAAGGCAUAUACAUACACCAUUCAGUAGGAAACUUACACAAACAUCAAAUUCUGCUAACUCACACAAAACCAAUAUUGAUGAUCAUAAAAACACUCCUUCACCAUCAUCAUCAUCACCUUCAUCACCACUUUCUUCACCUAUUUCCCCAUCAUCUUCACUACUUUCUAUAUCAGAAACUCCCUCAAUUUCACCAUCACCAGAACUUUCACCUUCACCAUCACCUGAGGCAGCACCAACAACUUCAUACUUACCAUUUAUAUCAUCAAAUCCACCAAUAGUUAUGUCCUCACCCCGACUUUCUAAUUGGAUUUCGGCACCUUCCCCUUUUUCAUCUUCAAACGAAAGCAACUCAAAAAGUUCAAACCAUAAGCAACAGUCUGUUAUUAUAUGGUCAACAGUUGGAGGAUUUUCCUUCCUUGUUUUGGUUUCAUGCACUGUUUUCAUUUGCUUCAGAAGUAGUAAGGUAGUAACUGUCAAACCGUGGACCACAGGGUUGAGUGGCCAGCUUCGAAAAGCGUUCAUAACAGGUAUUCCGAGUCUCAAGCGAGCCGAACUCGUGGUAGCUUGUGAAGAUUUCAGCAACAUUAUUGGUUCAUUUGAAGACGAGACUAUCUAUAAAGGAACUCUAUCAAGUGGAGUUGAGAUAGCUGUAGUAUCUUCUGCAUUGGCUUCUUCUAAAGAAUGGUCGAAAAAUUUGCAAGCUCAGUUCAGAAACAAGAUUGAGACGUUAUCGAGAGUGAACCACAAGAAUUUCGUGAAUCUUAUUGGCUAUUGUGAAGAGAAUAAACCAUUCACAAGGAUGAUGGUUUUUGAGUAUGCUCCGAACGGAACACUGUUUGAGCAUUUACAUAUUAGAGAAGCAGAACAGCUCGACUGGCGAAUGAGAAUGAGGAUAGCUAUGGGAAUAUCUUACUGUCUAGACCAUAUACAUGAACUCACACCACCAGUUGCGCACAAAAGCUUGUUAUCUUCCUCUAUAUAUCUAACCGAAGAUUAUGCUGCUAAAAUAUCAGACCUUAGUUUCUGCACCGAGGAAGUUGAUACAAAGGAGGGUUCGGAGAAAACAUCAUCAGAAGAAAUAAAGGACAAUGUUUAUAGUUUUGGCGUAAUAUUGUUUGAACUGAUAACAGGAAAAAUUCAAUAUGCGGGAGAAAACGGCCUUGCGACAGAUUGGGCUGCUGAGUAUAUAAGAGGACAACCUUUGAGAGAGUUGGUGGAUACAAACUUGAAAUCUUUGAAAGCUGAUGAAAUUGAGAAAUGGUCUGAAGUGAUUAACAAUUGUGUAGAUCCUGAUCCGGAGAAAAGGCCAUUGAUGAAAGAGGUUACAUCUAUGUUAAAGGAAAUCACUUCUAUGGAGCCUGAUGGAGCAACUCCGAAAUCAUCUCCUCUUUGGUGGGCCGAAAUUGAAAUCAUGACCUCAGAUUUAUGUUGAGACAUUAAUUCAUCGAUUUAGUUCAUAUACAUUACCGGUGUAAAAAAAUUCAACUGUCAAUUAAUCGUAAUAGUUAAAAUGUUAACAACAUUUUACUUCAAUUAUAACUACUUCUAAAGUCAGACUUCUGAAUGGUUAUGAUUUGUUGACAAUCUAAAAUCUUUUACACCGACAAUGUAUCAAAAAUACUGAAGGUGUGUAUACAAGAGACUGCUUUAGUCUCAGCAGAGUAGUUGAAAUUUGGAAAUAUUUAAGAAAUGGAGUGUGUAUACUAUAUUAUAUAUUACUGUCACUUUAUGAUUUUCUGCAUGAACUUUGUUUUUCUUUGUUGCUGAAAAAACUAUGAGCAAGAUAAAUGUUUGCUAUGUUUGUUGGAUAUGAGAAGGAAAACAAGUUUCUGUUCACCUUUUUAUCAUUUGAAGACAUCAAUAAAAUGCAGAGCCGUCUUUGAGUGUGUGCAAAACGGGCUAUAGCACAAGGCCUCAACUUUUAUGCUCUUAAUUUGUGGCUAAACAAGU